AUGUCUUUGCCGCAGAGGCCAGGCAAGCCCUCACCUCGGCGUGAAGAAGCCCGCGCAUUUCGCGAACCCUCCCAGCGCCGUCGACGGGAUAUCGACUCGGGUACUUACAGCGACGAUCCCACGUCCCACCGACACCGCCGCCGACAUUCCAGCCACCGAAGAGCAAUGGACACGGACGAAGAGCGCAUGGAGCGGGGCGGGGAGGUGAGACACAAAAAGCGCAUGGUCAAACCAGAGCGCAGAAAAGACGACCGUGAGCAACCCAAUUAUCACUACCGUCAGCGAUCAAACCACAUGCCCACUUUCCCCUCGUCGACGGGAAACGAUCCGUUGUUGGACAACAGAGAUGGCGAGGCGGAGACGAACAGCUCGCGCAGCAUGGAUAUGAAGAGCAAGGAUGGUCUAUAUGGUGCGCGGGGUAACGUCAACAAGCCCAUGGAGCGGGUUCCUAGCAGGCAUCGCUCGAAGAAGAAGAAGAAGAGAGGCUCGCGGAGGUCGUCGAAGGGAGCUGCAGAUGAACAUAGACGCCAGAAGGCUAUUCAGCAAAGCGGCCCGCCCGAGUUGUGGCCAACAUAUUGCGCAGUGCUCACAUUCUUCAUUCCGGACUUUGUGCUGAAAUGCUUCGGAAUGCCACAGAAAGAGCAGCGCAGUGCUUGGCGGGAGAAGAUCGGCCUUAUCAGCAUCAUUCUGAUGAUCGGCGCGUUUGUCGGUUUCCUGACGUUCGGUUUCACGGCUACGGUUUGUGGCUCGCCCCCGGUUCGGUUGAAGGUUAACGAAGUCAAUUCCAACUACAUGAUCUUCCAUGGAAAGGCAUAUAAUUUGGCCGCUUCCACACACCCCGCUGUCCCUGGUAUCCCCGAUGGUUCGAAUGUUAUCUACGACUUGCCACACAAGUAUGGCGGACAGGAUGGCAGCUUCUUCUUCCAGCAGGUCAACGGGGCGUGCAAAGGACUGAUUACUGCCCAGCCUGAUGGGGAUAUUCCAACCAACUCCGCUGGAGAUCUCGGAUGGUACUUCCCCUGUGCGCCCUUCAAUCAGGAUGGUUCGUCCUCACCGAAUUUGACCAUUGAAUAUUACACGGGCUGGGCUUGCCAUACUAGCAAGGCGGCCCGUGAGCCUUUCUACUCGCUGAACAGUGAUGGGGAUGUGUACUACACAUGGGAGGAUACGAAGAACAAGAGUCGAAAUCUGGCGAUAUACUCCGGAAAUGUGCUCGAUCUUGACCUUCUCCGCUGGUUCGACCGUAGCCAGGUGUCCUAUCCCGAAAAAUUCGACGAGCUCCGCAAGAACCCUCAUGUCCGCGGUGUUGAUCUUACUUACUACCUGCAAAGCGGGGAGGAGAAGAAGAUUGGCAAGUGCUUGGCGCAGAUUAUCAAAGUCGGCAGCAUCGACACUGAUACCGUUGGCUGUAUCGCGUCGAAAGUCGUGCUGUACGUGUCCCUGAUCUUCAUUCUCUCCAUCGUAGGUGUCAAGUUCGGUUUCGCCCUGCUCUUCCAGUGGUUCCUGGCACCCCGGUUUGCCGCGCAGAGUACGAGUAUGGCCUCCGACGCCAGGACUCGCAAUCAACAGAUUGAAGACUGGUCCAACGACAUUUAUCGGCCCGCUCCGCGCAUGGCCGAACCCAUCAUCCCGGAUCGCCUCAGCAAACGCGCCAGUUUCCUCCCGACCACGUCCCGUUUCUCGAGCCCGUACAAUGUGAACAGCAGCACUGGUAGCAAGCAAAAGCCGAUGUAUGUCACGAUGGCUAGCCAGAACUCGACUUCUCGUCUCAUGCCCAGCUCCAACCCCGGCACUAUGUACAAGUUAAGCCACAGUGGUAGUGGGGGCACUCUGAGCGCUGACAACUCUCGGCAUAAUCCUGCUGCCAGUCGGACUAGCUUGGUUCCUCCCAGUCAGGGUCAGCAAGAUCCGGGCUAUGCCACACUAUCGACCGAUCACGAGGGGCUGGGUCCUGCUGGUUUCAUUCACGAGGCUGUCGUUCCUCAGCCUCCACCUGAAUGGCAGCCAUUCGGCUACCCUCUAGCUCAUAGUCUUUGUCUGAUUACUUGUUACUCUGAAGGUGAAGAGGGUAUCAGGUCGACUAUUGAUUCUAUUGCCAUGACCGAUUACCCAAACAGCCACAAAACGAUCUUGGUUAUCUGUGAUGGUAUUAUCAAGGGUAAGGGAGAAGAAUUCUCCACCCCAGAUAUUGUAUUGGGCAUGCUCAAGGACCCUGUUGUUCCCAAGGACGAGGUCGAGCCCUACUCCUACGUGGCUGUGGCUACUGGCUCCAAGCGACACAACAUGGCCAAGGUCUACACUGGGUUCUACGACUACGGCGAUACUUCGAUCAUCCCGGCAGAGAAGCAGCAGCGUGUUCCCAUGAUGGUGAUUGUCAAGUGCGGAACUCCCCAGGAGUCGACCCAGUCAAAGCCUGGUAACCGAGGCAAGCGAGACAGUCAGAUCAUUCUCAUGUCCUUCCUCCAGAAGGUUAUGUUCGACGAGCGCAUGACGGAACUCGAAUUCGAGAUGUUUAAUGGAAUGUGGAAUGUCACAGGCAUCGCGCCGGACUUCUACGAGGUUGUUCUUAUGGUCGACGCCGAUACAAAGGUGUUCCCUGACAGCUUGACCCACAUGGUCUCGGCCAUGGUGAAGGACCCAGAAAUCAUGGGUCUCUGUGGAGAGACUAAGAUCGCCAACAAAACUGACAGCUGGGUAACAAUGAUCCAGGUCUUCGAGUACUUCAUCUCUCACCACCAAGCCAAAUCAUUCGAAUCCGUCUUCGGUGGUGUAACCUGUCUGCCUGGAUGUUUCACCAUGUACCGAAUCAAAGCCCCCAAGGGCGGCCAGAACUAUUGGGUACCCAUUCUCGCAAACCCAGACAUCGUCGAACACUACUCCGAAAAUGUCGUCGACACCCUGCACAAGAAGAACCUACUCCUUCUUGGCGAAGAUCGCUACCUCACCACCCUGAUGCUCAAGACCUUCCCGAAACGCAAGCAGAUCUUCGUCCCGCAAGCCGUCUGCAAGACAGUCGUGCCGGACGCAUUCCUAGUCCUGCUCUCCCAGCGCCGUCGCUGGAUCAACAGUACUGUCCACAAUCUAUUCGAACUCGUCCUCGUCCGCGACCUGUGCGGAACCUUCUGCUUCAGCAUGCAGUUCGUGAUCUUCAUCGAGCUUGUCGGAACCCUCGUUCUGCCUGCCGCCAUCUCCUUCACCAUCUACGUCGUCGUCGUCUCUAUCGUCAAGAAACCCGUCCAGGUUAUCCCGCUGGUUCUGCUCGCCCUAGUCCUGGGUCUGCCAGGUGUUUUGAUUGUCGUCACAGCACACAGACUCGUCUACGUGCUCUGGAUGUUGAUUUACCUCAUCUCGCUUCCGAUCUGGAACUUCGUUCUACCCAUGUAUGCGUUCUGGAAGUUUGAUGACUUCAGUUGGGGUGAUACCCGUAAGACUGCGGGCGAGAAGGAUAAGGGACACGGUGAUGCCGAGGGUGAGUUUGAUAGUACGAAGAUCACGAUGAAGAGGUGGCGUGAUUUCGAAAAAGAACGCCGCCUACGCAGUGCCUGGUCACAGCCCCAUGCUUCGACGGAUCCUUAUCCGUCGCAGUACGAGACAUAUUCGCAUUAUUGA